AUGUUCUUAUUUAGUCCUGUUACAUUUAUUUUAUCUAAGACCUUUGAAAAAGAACAAUCUAAAAACAAAGAAGAAAAGAUUUUACUAUCUGAUGAAUAUACAAAUUCAAUAGAGAAAAAUGAAGAACAAAAUGAUGAAGCACAACCUAAAAAGAGAAAAUAA